CAGAUUCUGAUAUUUUAUACUUUUUUUGAAAGAACCAAAAACAGCAAAAUCGGUCAAGUCCAGUUAUAACUGAAAUCAAUGGGAUUCCAAAAUUUUAUGGUAGAAGAUCGGAAACGACAUCUCACUUUCAGCGAUCAAUAUCAACACCAACUCCUGCGCUCAGGAGAUAGAACCGAGAGAGAAGAAAAAGAGGCUCGGCUAAAAUGGCGGUAACACUGAGCAGCGGGUUCAAGAUGCCAAUCGUCGGCUUAGGAGUGUGGCGGAUGGAGAAGAAAGUGAUUCGAGAUCUUAUCAUCAAUGCCAUCAACAUCGGGUACCGUCAUUUCGACUGCGCAGCUGAGUAUAAGAAUGAGGCCGAAGUUGGUGAGGCUCUCACGGAAGCGGUCAAGACCGGUCUCGUCAAGAGGGAGGAUCUCUUCAUUACCACCAAGCUCUGGAAUUCAGACCAUGGACAUGUUAUCGAGGCAUGUAAGGACAGUCUGAAGAAACUUCAACUGGAUUACCUUGACCUUUACCUCGUUCAUUUUCCCGUAGCCACCAGACACACCGGGGUUGGUACACCCGAUAGUGCUUUGGGCGAUGAUGGGGUGCUGGACAUAGAUACAACCAUAUCGCUGGAAACUACAUGGCGUGACAUGGAAAAGCUGGUUUCCAUGGGUUUGGUCCGCAGCAUCGGGAUCAGCAACUUUGACAUAUUUCUAACAAGAGACUGUUUGGCUUAUGCCAACAUCAAGCCUGCGGUUAAUCAAAUCGAGACGCACCCUUACUUCCAACGCGAAUGUCUCGUCAAAUUCUGCCAGAAGCACGGUAUUAGCGUCACUGCUCAUACUCCACUCGGCGGUGCCGCUGCCAAUGCUGAGUUGUUUGGUUCAGUGUCUUGUUUGGACGAGCCAGUUCUCAAAGAACUGGCGGAGAAGCACAAGAAGACAGUGGCCCAGGUUGUUCUCAGGUGGGGGAUCCAGCGGAACACCGUUGUCAUCCCAAAGACAUCGAAGCAAGAGAGACUGGAAGAGAACUUUCGGGUUUUCGACUUUGAGCUGGCCGAAGAGGACAUGGAACUGAUCAAAAGCAUCGACAGAAAGUACCGUACCAACCAGCCGGCAAGGUUCUGGGGAAUCGACCUCUACGCUUGAGGGCGCUCUUUUUAAGUAUGUUCCUUCUCAGAUAAUGAGGCGCAUUACAAUGCGGUUUGCUUUGGUUUUGGUACGCUUUGUAUCUGUCGAAUUCUGGUGAAGAUGGCACCCAUCUCCUAUAAUGGUUCGUUAGAUUUCUCUGUUAA